AUGAACUUCUUCAGUUUGCAUCAAGGAACAGGAACCCCUGUGGUGGGGAAUGACGCGACAUCAGCCACUGCUUGUCCCUACGAUGACGUCAUUACCUGUGAUGCCACCUAUAAAUACAGAUCUUUUGACGGUAGUUGUAACAACUUGAAUAACCCGUUUUUCGGAAGAAAAGACACACCUUUUGAGCGUCUCCUGACCCCUGAAUACGAGGAUGGUAUAGAAGACAUACGCGUGACACCACACAAAUCUUCGGACACUUUGAUUGGUCCACGACAACUCAGCACCGAGUAUCACCAAGCCAGUGCUGCGGCCAACCUGCAGCUGCCAGUGGAGGCCCACUGCAAUGUUGUAAUAAUGACGGGAACCCUCGACACAACUACAGUAGGCUGUGCACCCAUACCAGUCCCUGUGACUGAUCCAUUUUUCGGGUCAUUCGGAAGACUGUGUCUCAAUUUCGCCAGGGCGCUUCCGGACACUGACAUUCUUUGUGAUGACACAUAUCGACAACAGAGGAACCGAGUCACACAUUUCCUGGACGCCUCCACGGUGUAUGGAAGCGAUAAGGCCACAGCGGAUAGCCUCAGAACUUUCUCUGAUGGUGACGGACGGGUGAACCAGAAUCCGAUGUUGGUUUCAAUGCAUACCAUAUUCCUGCGUGAGCACAACAGGGUGGCCAGGGAGCUGAAAUCCCUCAAUCCCAGCUGGACGACGAAAGGACUCUACCAAGAGUCCAGACGUAUCGUGAUAGCCGAGUACCAGCACAUCGUGUACGGCGAGUAUCUAUCGGCUUUAUUAAGUAUACCCGUUGCUGCUCUUCUGGGACUCCUGCCGAAGUUUUUCGGCUAUUACAAUAACUACGAUCCUGAAGUCAACCCGGCUGUGAGAAACGAGUUUGUUGCGGCGGCCUACAGGUCUGGUCACAGUACCAUAGAUAGCACCAUCUCACCUGGCGAGCUUCUGAAGAACCAUUUCUUUGAACCAUCCACCAUUUACGACGCGUCUAAAGGAAUCGACUUCUUGGUAAGUAACUUGGUCCAAAACCAGCAGCAGACAAUGGACAGGUUGAAAACGGAUCAGGUGACAAACCAUCUGUUCCAGUUUUCCGACGGUGAUGGAGGGGACCUGGCCGCCACAAAUAUCCAGCGUGGUAGGGACCACGGACUACCCUCCUACAACGACAUGCGCGAACUGUGUGGGCUGCCCAGAGCCACAUCCUUCAACGCUGGGCCUGGAGGGCUGGAACACCACACAGCCGACUCUGCCAAUCGGCUAAAUUCUUUGUACACAGAUCCGGAUGACAUCGAAGCUUGGACAGGGAUGUCGUCAGAGAUGCGGAUAACGGGAGGGGUGUUUGGCCCGACCGCCGCCUGUAUAACGGCUUUACAGUUUGAUUAUCUGAAGCGCGGAGACCGUUUUUACUAUGAAAAUGACCUGCCGGGAACGAAAUUCACAACAGCUCAGUUGAAACAACUCCGUAGAGCAAGCCUGGCUCGCCUUAUCUGUGACAACACUGGUAUCAACUCCAUACAGAAAUUCGUUUUUUGGGACACAUUUCCUGGAAGAGUGCCUGGGGGGUGGAAUGACCUAGUGCCGGUCAAAGAGUGCCUGGAGGUGAAUUGA